AUGUUGUAUAUUUACUUGUGUGGCCAUGACUGCUACGGGCUUUUUGAAGAGAACCGGGCAGCCAGUUUGGAUUCCGAUAGCAAUGCAGUAGAAUUUAAGGCACUGCCCCUUGGAUGUCGCCUGCUGCCCCCGCUCCUCCGCACUAUUGUUCCAGGCAGCCCCUCUCGCGUCCGGGGGCGCCCUUUGGCUAGGACCCGGGCUCCUUCGGGGGCCGCAUCAGCGCCUGGCACCCCUUCUCACCCACCCCUCCCUGGCUGUGGUACCUUGCCUGACAGCUGGGUCCGCGGGCCCGCGGGAGCAGGCGGCGCUAGUGACAGCGCUGGUGCCAAGCCUGGGAAUAAAGCUCCGCUCCAGCCGCUGCUACCUCCAGCGCCACCAUCUUCUCCCGCCGCAGCCGCCGCCGCCGCCGCCGGGACCGCAGCCGCCCUCGCCCAGCUCCGGCUCUGCAGCCGCCGCUCGGAACCCUCCGGUCCCGCGGCCCCACCCCCUUUCCCCACCCUCUCUCCCGCCCUCCAGCUCUCUAGCUUUCCCCUCGUGACGCGCGCCGGGGCCGGGCGGGCCUGCGAGGGAGGGCGCGGGGGAGCGCGCGCGCGCACGCCGCCUGCUAGUAGCGCCCCUGCCUCCCACGCCCACUCGCGUGCGCGCGCGGCCCGCGAGCCCGAGGCGGCGGCGUCGCCGGCGUCCUCCGUGGGCCGCUGGCCGCAACUCUCCUGCGUCGGCGCCGGUGGGCGUGCGGGACACCGGCGCCUCUCGCCUCCCCUCGCGUCCGGGUUCCGAAGGGCCCGCCCUGCCUGUGUUCCACAGCCCUAUCCUCUGGCUCCCGGCCAGACGCACGGAGGGGAAAAUGCGGCUGCAUCCCCGAGGGGACUGACGGGGACCUCCACCCUCCUCGGUGGCAAACCAAGGGGUCCCCAGUUUCCUAGCCAGGAGCUGUGGCCAACCUCUGCGCGAAGCAACGGGCCACGCUGCAGGACCACGAAGCCAGGCAGCUGGGUCGACUCCUGCAGGGUGUUCUCUCGUGAGUGACUCCCGAGCUUUCCCGCUUCCCAGGCCCCUUAGAUACCGCCUGCGCUUCAAAUCCGGAGAUUGACGGCGUCUCCGGAAUACGCCGCAGUGCUGCGAGUUCCCCGCCAGGGGGAGAGCCGUCCGGGCUUGGGCCUGAGCGAAGCGGGCCGGGCUGCAGUUCCCCAGGGAAACUGCCCAGUCCCGCCACGGACAGCGGAGAGCCUGCGGAUUGUGAAGCCGGGGAAGGCUCGGCUUGGUUUUCCUACCCGCUCCUCAGUUCUGGUUGAUCGGAACUUAAGAGUGUCUUUGAGCCUAGCAUAGGCUAUCCGCCCUAGAUAUGGCUCCUAGCUCGAGAGGCCACCCUUUGCAGCAGGGACCAGGUGGCAGGUGCUGUGCAUUAAUGAAAAGCUGUGGGCUAGACAGGCCCCGAGAGGCCUGGGCUCUGGCGCUAGUCCCACCUGUAAUUAGCAAUGCAAUAACUAAAUCAUUCCCCGUCUUAGAAACACAGAUUUUUCCAUAAUAAUGUUAUAACGCACAAAGCCUAGUAGUUUGCAAAGACCUUCCAGACAUAUAUUCUCCUCCAGUAAAAUGAGGAUAAGCGCUGGUUAUCCAGAUCCCUUGGGAAAUGCAUCUUUUACCACACCAUGUUUCCAUAGUAUUUUAAGCACUAAUGUCUCCAGAGAAGUCUGGGGGUGUAGCCUAAAGCAUUCUGAAAGUCUUGUUUUAGCUUUAAUAUUCGUAUGAAUUCUGCAUUGUACUUCGUAAUUUUUUUUCUUUAAUAAAACAGCUAUCUUCUCAAAAA